AUGAGUACUCCCGUCCGCAACAUCCCCACUCCCGCCGCAAAUCAGCUGUCGGACGUCCAAAUCGUCCGCGCCGGAAAGAUGGACAUCGAGCAGCUCGCCGACAUUUUCUCUCUCGGCCUGACCUACGAUUGUUCGCCCUUCCUGUGGAGUCACACCACCGAACAGGCCCGUAGGCUACCGGUCGGACACGAGACCUGGGACAUCCUGUGCGCCGUGUCAGAGCUGUGGCCGCGCCAUCGCACCAACGAAGCGCUGCUUUCCGUCGCGACUCAUGCGUACAACCGCACGCACGCGGAUUCGUUGGCGACCGCGACCCGCGGCCGCGAGAUCACCGCCGACGUCGGGAACAUCCGGUUCAUCGGCACGGUAGACUGUGCGGCGAGGAUUACCGCGGUCGGGGACAGGCCGGCCAUCAUCGCCGUCGACGUGGCGGAUUCGGAAACGUUCCUUCGCUACGGCCGCGAUCAGCUGCUGAAUACCUUGCUCAUGGAAUGGGACGGGACCGGACUCGUUCAGGGUUUUGUCUCGGACGGAUUGAUGUUCUGCUUCGUGGCGGUCGACCACAGCAUGGUGUUCCAGUCGCCCACUUAUCACAUCGAUCGCCGGGAAGACCUGAUCGUCAUCUAUAACCGCCUCCUCGAUAUGCUCCGGUUCUGGCCAGAUGCCCAGCCUCAGCCCCAGCAGUAG